AUUGUGAUGCAAUAACUUCAUAAUAUUACGCCAGGUAGGACGGCUUUUAAUGUAAAUGAGCUAUGCGGCAUUUUCACUGCGUUUCGGUGUAGCUGCUACGUGACAUCAACCGGCAUCAACAAUGGCAACCAGUGCUGUUCGCGGUUUUACACAGUGUUUGUCUUUCUUUUUCUCAUCACCUUCAUGUUAUUCUACGAAUUUUUUAACCAUACCGAGAACACCUAAAAUGAAUCUUUGUUUAAAAAGAAAGUUGUCGUACUUGAAUUUUAAGUCGUUUGUGCUAUCACAAAUGUCUGAUAUUCCGGCGACGACGUCAUGCGGUUCGUGCAAGGUCGUUCAAGGUCGUGCACAAUGGUCUUACGUAAGUCCCAUCAAGUUGCAUCCAUUUUGUUCUGUCAGUUCUACUGACCACAGCUUUUCAGAGGUGAGGGUAAAGUAGUCUUAUAUCGUUGAAUGUUGUAAAACUAGUUUUUAGUUUGACUAGCAGUAGCUUUUCAUGCCAAAAAAAUUACUCAAUAGUUCCAUAUAUUGUGCUAUCCACUGGAUAGAGGGUCUGGAAGGGUAUUUUCGGGAUUCGGGAUUUGACCAAAAUACGGUGCGGGAAUCGGGAAAACGAUAAAUAUAUUGACGGGAUCCGGGAUUUGACUGUUCCCCAGGAACCAGGACUCGCCAAAAAUUGGGCACGGGAUGUAUGUUUGUGUGUCUGUCGGGAAGGGCGGAAACCAUCACGACCCACCGGUUCUAGCGGCUAAAGCGAAUUAACCAGGCGAGCGCUAAGUGGUGUCUCCUUUCAAACCAAACACCCUAUGGAGUGUCUGGUUAAUAGGUCUUAAUGGUUAACUGUCAAAGAGUAUUUUGUUUCAACCAGAUGCCAGAAAUGUGCACGUGGUGUGAUAACAUACCAGUUAUUGACUUGAUAUAUUGCUUAAUUAAGCUCUUCAGUCUCUUCCGCGGUCUCACUUUUUGCAGAAGCCUUUAAAAACACGCGUAAAUUCAAAAUAUCAAUCUAAAGGAUCAACCUACAUCUUACAUUUAUUAGCUUUUGUAGAAGUUAGACUUUUUAAUGUAUUUUUGUGGGAAAGAAAAGCGGGAUUCGGGAAACUGAUGAAAAAUGUGCGGGAUGCGGGAUUCUCGCGAAAAAGGGGCGGGAAUGCGGGAUCAGGACCCCCCCUUCCACACCCUCUGGAUAGUGAUUUAUUUGGUAGAUAGCAUUAUCCAGCGUUUGAACAACUGGGGCAGCUCUUUUACUGAUGGAGAUUUGGAGGAUGGGGUUUUUAUAGCCAUGGGAAGGAGAGAGAGAGAGCUAGAGAGUCUGUUGUCACUGAUUAAAAUUUAGCAUACACACUAUACAUUAUUUCUGGAAAGUGAUGUAUGGAUUAAGAAGGGGAUGUUCCCAGUCUCUUUUGAGUUUUGCUUAUUUAGGUGGGUAGUUCCCACAGUCUGAACUGGAUAAAUUUUCUGUCACAACUUCUUUAAGCCAUAUUUGAAAUUAACAUAAGGUACAGUGGUGAAUGCAGGUUCCAAGCAAUUUGGUGUUCUUGGAAAAAUUUGAUAAGCAUACACUGUAUGCCUUGCAAUAAUGUUUUAAUCAUCUUUUGUGAUGAAUUUAAAGUUCCUCUAUGGCUCAUCUAUUUAUCUUUUCUUAAUAAAAAAUACAGUUUUAAUUUUUAAUUUUUCUUGUUUCCUCCAGACCCUCAGAAUUAACAGAGUAGCAAAACGUGAUCAUAUGGAGGAAGAAAAGACUGAUUCCUUAUUACCAGCUGAUGGCUGGAGCUCUGAAUUGGUUGAUUUAUACAAGCAACUAACAAAUGAUUUAAUAGAAAAUGGAAAUGGAGACUGGAUAGAUUACAGAACAGCUUUGUAUGAUGGUGAAAAAAGACUAUUCACAAAAGCAGUCAUUUCAGAAUUUCCUGGAAAAUUUUUUGAAUAUCAAUUUUUCUUCAGCAAGAAAGAACAGAGAAUAAAAGGGGUUGUUCAGUUUGGACCAUAUACCCAAGGCCCACCUGGGUAAGUGAAAACCUUAGUAUGUUGAAUGACAUUUUUAAGCCUGUAAGACUGAACAAGGAUCCCCCAUACCCCUCUGCAAAAUUGUAUGUGAAAUUAAUUUGGUAAUUUAAAAGCCCAUUUCACACAUUACUGUAUUAAAUUUUGUUUGUGUCUUUAUGUUCAAGGAAAAGAAUCUGGAUCAUUAAAAGAUCAUGAAAUCACAAAUAAAAGCCACAAUCAUGCUUCACAGAAAAGGAAAUGUCUGCAUAAGAAUGAGAAAGCUGUCUUUUAAUUUUUAUAGGAAUUCUUACCUUUUUACCUUACUUUUUUGGGAAGUCUGGAGAACAUUGUCACUUGUACAUCGUUGAUGACCAUGAUGCAGGGUUCUCCAGAAGCUCUGGUGACCAGCUAAUGUCAUUAACUAGUUGUUGGUUCAGAGGCACGCCUACUGCUCACAGAAAAUGGUUUAUUAAGUGGGACAAUAAAAUAAUAUUUCAGUAUUUCAUUCUAUUUUGGUUCUUAGCACUUUUGUUUGAUUGAUGCCAAUGUUGAUUAAGAUCAUCAUCAAGAUCCUGAAAUGCACUUUUCAGGAACCCCAAAGUAAGAUUUCCCAGGGGAUGCUGCGGGAUUCUCCAAAUGAAAGUGUGGUAGCCUCCUUCCCAUACCUUAGUAACCCCUGCAUGCAGUUCUGCCAUGUGAAAGACAUGCCGUCCAAUCUAAGCAGUUGCCACCUACUUCAUUUUCCCCCCUUCUGGUUCAAAUAUUCUGGAGAACCCAUUUACAGUAUACACUCAUGCCAUGGCUUUCACUUUCAAGCCUGAAACUCAAAUUGAAAUAAAUGUCAGAUCAAAUAGGAAAAGAAUGACAAAAUUAUUAUUUUAUGAUGAUUUUUAUGCACUAUCCUCAGCUGUGUACAUGGGGGAGCCAGUGCAACUAUGAUGGAUGCAGCUAUUGGUGUAUGUGUAAACAAGAGUUUUUCCUCUAGUUGCGUCACAGUAUCAUUGUCCAUGAACUAUAAAAGGUGAGAUCACCGUAAGAUUUUGACCUUCAGGCAACAUGCUGCUAUGGCAUUCUGCAUAAGUUCAGUGUGCUUUGAAGCAAGAAAUAUGUUACAGCUCAGUAGGGUGCACAGAUAGCUUGACAGUCUACAUAGGAAGUGCAUGAAGUACCGGUGUAUAUAUGGGGCACCAAGAGAGGAGAUACUUGCUUAGGAAGAUAGAGAGGCCAAUAAUAAAAGGAGAAAGAGUGGGAGAGAGGUCUCUCUUCGCAUUCCUUGUCCCCCCUCAUUCUUACUAUUCAAAAACUCGUUGCAGGUAUAAAGCUCAAAUUUGGCACAGACGAAAUAUAUUCAGUUAUAAGACAUGGCAUUAAUGAGGUUAAACAUAAGGUUUUGAUCGUUUCCAUGGCAACAUGGAUGGUUCCUCAUGAAUUAGCGCACAGGUUACAAUUAAAAUGAGGAUUGUUAGUAAUCCUCAUUUUUCAAAAACAACAUGACCAAAUUGUACUUGAGAUAUCAUCGUUUCUUUACAUUGUCUAUGAAAGUCAACAAAACAAUGUUUUCCCUAAGUGUGCAUGCUCAACUCUUAUGCAUGCGCUGGGGUCACGCGAUGUAACAAAAGCGUCGAAAACGGAAGAAAUUGCUACAGACAACUUCUGGCCAUUUUUCUCAGCUUGUCCUCACAUUUUUUCUUGAAAAUCCCUUUGGCUGCAUGUCUUCUCAUGAUAACUAAAAUGUUAACAGGUGAGGGAUGAAGAAUUUCUAAAGGCAAAAACUUUGAGGUUCAAAUUUUUUUAAAGAUCACAUCAGUCUUUUGCGCGAGAGGAAACAAUUGCGUCAGUGAAAUUUCUUCGCGUGCCACAGAGAAACUGUGAAAACUGAACUGUAUCAGAAACUGUAAAGAAACUGUAUCGGAGAAAAUGUGUUCAGCCACCUUAAGAAUUUCAGAAAAAAAGUAAAAUUUGGCUCAAACCAGCCGUCAUUGUCCACAUCUGGAUUCUUGUUUGCCUGAUUUGACUCUGACCAUUCUUGAUCCUUUUUUUGGUACUCCACCCUUUUAAAUUUGCUGACAAUUUAUUGUUACUUUUUUUUUUUUUUCAUUACAGUUUUCUUCCAUUGGGCGCAAUUGCACUUGUUGAAUCCAAGGUUGAUAAGGUAGAAGGAAGAAAGGUUUUUGGUUCUGCUGAGCUCAAGUCUCCUGAUGGCAAAGUGACAUAUGUUACUGCCAAUGCUAUAUUUAUUCAAGUGAAUCCAGCAUCUUACAACAAGGAGACUGGCACCAAGAAAGAAUAAUGGAACAGAGAGUAUCUUUAGGCACUGGCUGGGAUAUGUGAAUUGUACUUCAUUUAUUUUUAGAGGUUGUAAUUAAACGGAAGUCUAAUUCCUGAGACAGCCGCACAUUUAACCCUUUAAGCCCUAAGAGGGAUCAGUGAAACAAGUUGAGGACAUACCAGAGUCCACUACAAACUGAUUUAUUUUUCAGCUGCCACAAUACAAGACAAACAAGAUGGCGGACUAACUUCAGUGCAUGAAAACAUGCCUGGAUAGUACUUUGUGUAAGGUAGCCCAAGGCAUACUCACUACAAUCAGCAUCAAAUUUCUCCUUGUUACCAUCAAAGCUUUGUAAAACAGAGCGGUCAUGAGAAUUACGGACAUGAUCACACAAGAUGAAUUUGCUUGACUUUUUAUCAACUUCUCCCUACUACUUCUGUAGAAAAUGAAUAGGGACAACAAAUGAGAAUUCAAAUUUUGAUCCUAGGGUUUAAAGGGUUAAAUAGAUUAUUUGAAACAAUACGGAGUCCGCACACGAAUGCCUCAAAGCAAACAAUGCAGAAUAUUAUGAUGGGGCUUGUUGAAUUCUCUCUUGAAAACACUGGAUAAAAGUUUGUGGACACUUCGAAUGAAUUUGAAGCAUUUAAUUGGUCUAAACACAACUUUGGGGUAAUUCACAUAUCCCAAGGGCCUGACUGGGUGUUCCACUCUCUGCCCCAUCAUUCCCUCUUGUUGGCACUAAAUUGAAGGAGCAAUUUAGCAAGUGUUAAUGAGCCAAGCUGUUGGAGUUUGCUGGCCAAAUCCACAUUCCUUUUAUCAUCAUUUUAUUUGUAUUUUAUUUGUAUGUAUAUGUACAUCC